CCCCUUACAUAAGGAGCACAACGGCGGGCGGGGCGCGCAGAAGGUUCUGGCAGUUGGAGCGAAUAGCGGGGUUGUUGCUGUUCGUGCGCGUAACGGUCGUCGCCGCUGGGGUUAUUGUUUUGCCAUGGCCCGUAAGUAUGCGGCGUGGGCGGCGCCCGCCACCGCCCUGCUGGUGGCCUUCCCUCGCCAGUUGGGACUUGUAUAAUUGGUGGCGGCGGUUGCGGCCUGGGGCCGAAGCGGGCCUUGCGGGGACCGUAGGCCAGCCGUGGGUUGCCGCUCCCGUGUUGUGGUCCCUGGCGGGCGGCUAUUGUAAGGUCGCCUCAGAGACGUUGGUAGCUUCGCUUGCAACCCUGGCUCCUCUUUGUCCGGGGAAGAAGCCCCCGUUGACUUCAGUAGGGCUUGCUCCCGAGUAGACCCGGCGAGGGCUGCUGCGCCGCUGGAGAGGCCGGUCGAGCGCGGGGGCAGCAGCCGCCCUUGUAUGUGUCUGUUGGGGUGAACGGGGACUCUGGCUGGAGGGAAGCGGUUCUCUUUUAAGAGGAAGCGAUAGGCAGGGCUGGCCUGAGAAAGCACAGCUCUGUUUUCCUUCCUCGACCGGGGAAACAACAUGCUCUUUGUGAGCAGGAUACGUCCCUGCUGCGCUCGCAUUACCGUCUCCCCUAGUCGGAAUGAGCCGUGUGAAAGGGCCCUUUUCACCGAAUCCGGGGCCCCAAACUGCCUUCCCCGAGUGGAGAGAGCUAGCGGGGACGCUCGGUGUCCACGGGUGGAUGCUAAAUAUGCCUCAAUAGUUGUUUGCACUAUGCGGGCUGUACUGUACAGUAUUUUUAAACUGCAGCGUAACUUUUUAGAAACAACAGCUGCGGCGGCGCCGACUUCAGUUUCCAGUGACUUCAAACUGAAACAAAAGAUGCUCAGUGUGUGUUAUUUCUAUAUAGGAGCGUUUCGAUUUGUUCCCUCAGCGGGAACUAAGACUUGCUGAGAGCUUCAUUGAAAUGUUAAGUAGACUUGUACGCAGGCUUACUUGGAAACGAGGUCCCUUAAGUUCAUUCCCCCAAAGGUGGUUCCUCAGUUCCUAGUUCCUUAUUCAGCACAGAGAGAAGCUGCCUGGAUAGGAUGGUUACAGCUUCACUGACACCAGAAACAAUUCAAGCAGUAUAUAAUGCCUAAAGAGCUGUAGAGUUAUCUGGUUCAUAUUUUCUGACUAGGAGUUGAACAUUAAACAUGACUGAUAUUCUGUAUUUAUUUGCCUUUAGAAUAGUGUGCAUAAACUUUGCUGAAUGAAACGAUGGUUGUUGAUGUUUAUCAUAUGAUUGUAUUACUUUCAAAGAGCUCAGGGCAGCAUACACAGUUAUUGUCCAAUCUAUACCCUUGCGUCAGAUAAAGGCAGUUAUGAGGCUGGUUGUGCCUGUGCAAUUGUUUGCUGAAUUGUUUUAGUUUCAGAGCUUGCAUGAUUCUCUGCGUCAAGGAAAUAUGUGGAUGGAAUUCAACAAAAUUGAGUAUUAAUGGGCAUAAAAAGCCUCUUGAGCUUGCCACUUGGUGCACACUGGACAAAGAGUCACAGCCAGUCUCCUGGGCAACUAGCAAGCAUAGUUGUCAAACUCAUUGUACUUCACAUGACUGAGCAUACAGAAAAUAGAUUUUGAACUUUACAAUAAAUGUGAGUAGCAGCCCAUUAAUGGUAUCAAGUUUUGAGAACUAUAGAUUUCAUUUUGAUAAGAUGUGAGGUAUAAUAAAAAGUAAUGAUUUGGUGUGAAAUAUGGCUGAAGCAUAUGUAAACUGUACUGCAGCACUCAAACUUUUUCUACUACAGAAUUAGUUGGUUGUUGUGGCAUAGAGGUUGUUUUUUAUUUAUUUGUUCAACUUACUAGGUGCUUGCCACCCAAAGGUCUCCAAGCGACUUGCAGCAAAAUUAUAUGCACGCACACACAAUAUUUCAUAUUGGGGAUCCAUGGCAUCAAAAGACUAGCAUAAAAUAUUUGUGCAUGCAUACCUAAAGGGCAUUGGUACCAGUGCUGCUCAAGUUCUUGUCAACAUGUAUGUGCAGUAGCCCACUUUGGUUAUAUCAGUUAUAUUAGCUUGUAGGCUAAGAUGUCACCAUGUUAUUGGAUGAAGCACAUUCCUUUGCAAGCCAGCCUGAAUACUUGCCCACUUGAUUGGAUUUCAAACUACCUGGGCAAGCUAAGUAUUUCCUUGGUGACUGGCGCUUACCAAAGCCACACUUUGUCGGGAAUAUUGAAAAUAUUGGCUAUACUGUGGGCUGCGUAGUUGGGAACUCAGUGGUGCAGCUGAUCCAACAGGGUUUGCUUACAAGCCUCAUUUACCAAAGAGCAGUCAAAGUGUGGUACUUUUAACAUAGUGUAAAGGGGGAAAUUUGGAUUAUCGGCAGCAGGAUUUACUAUUGUGCAACUAAGAGAUGGACAAUCUUUGGCUCUGUUGGUCAAAAGUAGGUACUAGUAACUGGCCUAAAGCCUAACUCUUAAAACUGUUCCAACUUUAGGUGGGAACCAGCGUGAACUUGCCCGCCAAAAGAACAUGAAGAAAAACCAAGAACUAAAUAAAGGAAAAAGAAAAGAGGAUACUUUGUCGGCUUCUCAAAGGAAACAGAGGUAUGUUUGAAUAGCAAUCUCUGACAACCCACAUACCCUGGUGCAUAUGUAAGUAGUGUAAAAUUCUGCCUCAGAAUGCUUAAAGAUAGAAUACAAUUUCUGUACUGUGGCCCUGUCUUAGACUGAAAAAAUACAUUUGAUGUUUGGGAAGCUACCUUAAUGUGCUUAAGCUUGCAUUUGGCUAUUUGGAAUGGAUACAGUCUUAUUAUAAUUGAAGUUGGGUGGGGGAGGUGUAGUUUAGAAUUUAGAACUAGAACACCGAACUUUAAAACAUUAAGAACCAACAUUGUUGUUGAACCAACAAGGCUUCUUAUUCUUUCCCAUCGUGUGCUCCAAAAUCCAUUCUAGAGGGUUGGGGGAUUUUUGAGGAAGGUGAGAAACCAAAACUCUUGUUGCCCUGAAAAAUAUUCAUUGUUUCCACUAAACAUGGACGUCACUCGCUCUUCAUCUUUUCUUUUCCAGAGACUCCGAAAUUAUGCAGCAAAAGCAGAAAGCAGCUAAUGAGAAGAAAACUCUUCAGACAGGAACAAAAUAAUCUGUGGCUGCAUGAAGGACCUAAUAAUGCUGCAGUGCAUCUCAGAAUAAUAGGGCCUAAGAAAAGACAUAUUUGUAAAAGUGGCCAGCCAUUAAAUGGUUAAUGUUUAUCUUCUACAAGCUCAUUUGUCCAGUAUGCAUUUCUUUUAGAAUGUCUGAUUAGUAGAGUGCAGUUGCAACUGACUUGGCUUUAACUGAAAUACUAGAAAUAAUUCCAGUAAAAUUGGAUUCAAAGUUCCCUUUGCAUGUCUACUAGUAAUGAUAGCAGUGGCUUGACUGCAGUUUUCAUUGUUAAGUGUUGGCUUGGUAAAUGGCUUGUGUGACUGUACCAGUUAAUAAAUAUGCAAAUAGACUGAGAAUCCUGUCUGGCAGCCCAACAGCAUUCAAAAACUAUACCAUUUUUAAAAGCCCAGGUCUCUGUUCUUGCUUUCCACUUUGUAAAGCUCAGCUGUAAAAUUAACCGUAAAUUAUUUUUACAAUAAAAUGUUGCAUGAAGUACUGUGUAAGUUGGAAAUGGGUACACCAGACAGUUAUAAUAGCUUUUCCAUUGUUUCUGACACGUUUGGCACAAUUCAGAGGGUUCUUAGUCCUUUCAUCAGCACAACUUUUCCAUUGUGUUUCAAUUGCAGCCUGAAUACUUAAUACAAUUCUUCAACUGCUAAGCAAGAUUCUCUAAAUAUAUUACUAUGUAUAACUGCAGCUUAAAAUCUGUACUCUGAACUAAAAUAUAAAUAACCUUCUCUUUUGUCUAAAGCUUGGUUGAUUAUAAAAAUGGCAGCCAAGAAUAAGUUGCUUAGUUUUACUGCUUUUUUUUAGGCCUGACUGUUUUCCAUAGUGAUAAAGGUCUAGCGGAAUUACGUAUUUGACAUUCAUGGUUGUACUUCAGCUAGUGAGCAAGAACAAAAGCCUGUUGACCUGGGAUUAAGCCAAAUUUAUUCUUCUGUUUCCUGCUACUUCUCUUAAAAACAAUAGAGCUCUGUAGCAUAUUAGCAGAUUGGGAUGGAGGCAGUCGGGGUGACCCUA